UUCGUUGAAAUGCUCUUGCAAUCCUGAAGAGGAUGGAAUAUUGACGAUGGAUGUGAUACGAAGAGAAUGUCCCUCGAUGACGAUCCUUCCGACUUCGACGGCGUCCUGCCCGUAAUUCCCAUCGACUCUCCGCCCGUUUACAAAGACAGAACCAGCAAUGCUGCGACCGGUGCCUCUGCAGCCGGUGCUCGCGCAUUCGCCGCGCAAACCGUAGCCUUCUAUUUUCGGGCACCUGUCAAGGCCUUUUUCAGGACGAGGGUGGAUUAUUUGGCAUACGCCAAAUCAAUAUCGCCGGACAUACAAACCGGCCGCUUCUCCUGGCGGAGCACGACGCCGGGCCUGCUGGCCCAUGCAAUCCGCAAUUAUGGCUGGCGCUUCAUACCGGAACAACUCCUCCCUCCGCUUGCUGCAAAUGUCAUUGUUGGCGCGGCCCUGUACACUAGUUACCUACAGGUCCUCGGCCGAAUCUACGAACCCCCCUCUCAUGCUUCGAAGACCGUCUUCCCGCCUGCACCGCCAACUCAUACAUUUGCUGCUGGCUUUGCCGCCGGAAGCAUUCAGAGCCUAAUCGCGGCACCACUGGAUGCGCUUCAGGUCCGAUUUGAGCAGCGUGGCGAAGCAUAUCGGCACAAGACCAUGUGGCAGUACGGCAAGGGCAAACUACAAGAGAUCGGACUACGUGGUAUAUUUGCAGGCUGGGGGCUCUCGUUUCUGAAAGACAGCUUUGGCUCGGGAAUAUUCUUCUCCACUUUCGAAUACGUCAAAGCGCAGGGGUAUUACAGAUUUGUACGGUGGUACUACGGAUCACUGGGCGGCGUGGCCGUGGACAAGCUCGCGCAUAAGAGAGGGACUGUUGCUACGGAGAGCCAGCCCACCGCCAUGAUUCGGCCCCAUUAUGCUUUGGAGCCGGGAUUCCUUAUGCUCGCGGGUAUCACGGCGUCAGUGGCUCAGCAGGUGGUUUUGUACCCUCUGUCGACGUUCCAGACGUUGCAUUACGAACGGCUAGAGGACUUGGAUAAGAAAGCCGCCGGGUUUUCUCAGUCGCAAGGGUCGAAGAAAGGGAGGAUGCUCCGCGCGUAUUACCACGCUUAUCAGGAGACUUGGAGACAAGCUAGGACCCAAGCGAGGCAGGUUGGAGGGAUGACAAGGUGGUUGUUCAGAGGGUUCUGGUGGUUCACAAUACGGCAGGUUCUGUUGAACAAAGCCUCUUCCACCUCACCGAAAACGGUUGACUGCAACCGGCAGGCAAAAGGGAGUCUUGAACAAAGCCUCCCUAAAACGGUUGACUGCAACCGGCAGGCAAGAGGCCUAUAUAGAAGGGACUCUUGCCUGAGAUAGAUUGUAGAUCUUUAAGCAAUCAGAUCAUCCUUUUCGAACAGGUUCCGAGUACGAGUGCAGGUCUGGUUAUCUUUGAGCUGGUGCGCAGGAAGUAUGGCCUGGCUGGAG